UUCAAUGUCGUGACAGUAAACAGACCUGCCGUUUGGGAUCGAUAACCGUGCAGAUCUUGCAAAUCAGUAAGCCUCCGCUUUACGAAGAGGUAUGUGCGUAUCUCUCUUACCCAAUAAACCCACAAUUCCUUGCGGCUGUUGGACGGAAGGAUUUGUCUUCAUGCGGUAUGCACAUAGCAAACUGUGCGCGUUGGUCAAACAGGAACCGUGGAUGAGAUGUUUGUUUCCACGCCAUGUUUCCACUUCCUCUCGGAGGCAGGGUUCAUCGCCCGGCGAGUGGCGGCACUGCUGGCUAUGCGACCGGCAUCUCGCCCGUAAGGGCUAACCCCAGGAUCGUCAUAGUAGAUGUCCUUCCUCUUCUCGUUAGCUGUUGUGUCAAGGUCUCUGGUGUCGAUCUCUUCUUGGCAUGGAGAGCUUAGAGGUGGAUGAGUGGAUGAUCGUUAUGCAGUCGGCGGGCGCGAAGGUCGUCCCCAAAAAUAACAAACAUGCAGUCACGCAGGAAAUGACAUGUAUGCCUACAGCACACACACCUCGCGAUGGACGUGAAGGAACAGGACUGCAGUCGUCACACAAUUGGUCUGGUGUUGGUAGUCCGUGGGGCUAUGGCACCUUGGCAUCCCGAUGUUUGUCCCGACCUGAUAGUCGCAUCUCGAGAAAAAGGUAGACGUAAUUUCUCCACCUAACCUAUUAGGCCACUACCUCCCGUACUUGUAUCUGACCGCCAAAAGAAAAGGCCCCACUGAGCCCCUUUGAUCACAUACCUUUGUGCAUACUUGCAAUACCAAGCAAGGUCACAACCUCGGGAUACACGCACGUCAUUCUUCGCUCCUGCGCCUUACAUACAUAUUGCAUCUCCUCGCUCUCCAUCCAAACCUUGCCAAGCACUGAUCAUACCUACGGCAUCUCCGAUAGUCAGUCAUGCCUUCAUCUCUGGAUAACUCCUUCUCCAUUCAAGUUGGUGGUUCCUUUAUUGCCCCGCCUUCCAACUCCGCUGGUGAGAAACACCAAGCCAAGGUUGGCGAUUCCCAGCCUGCCAUUUUCAGCCUGCAGAACGGACGUCUGCAAUCAGGUGACUGGGUAUUGGCCCGCGCAAUGGCCGAAGAUCGGAGUUUCGGCCCCAAAAUGGUCUUUUGGUUCAAGGCGGACAGCUGCGAGGGGAAGAUACAUCCGGUUGCCGCCGAACAGGAAGGAGAAUCUGUGAGGCUGACAUUCAAUGGUAUGUGUCGGUUGUCCUACGCUUUUCGGGAGCCAGCAAUAUGUCGCCCCGUACUAAUCGUUCUCGGUUCUUAUUUGCAGAAGCGAGCUUGACCGUUGAGGACGGCAAUGUCUUUGCUGAUCUGUCCGGCGGUAAUCGCACACUUCCCUUUCCCUGGUUACAUACGAGCUGCUAAUUGUAGACAAAGAAACACACGACCGAGUGAUGAUUAACGCAAAAU